GGCAGCUGCCGCCCCGAGGGGCCCGGGGGCCCUGAGAUGCUGCGGCCCUGCCUCCCCCCCAGUCUAGCGCCCUCCGCCCAGGGAGUCCCCGCCCCCAGGGAGCCCCGGCUGGGCCGCGGUGCAAGGGCGGCUCGGGGUGCAAGACCCUCGCCGCCUCCCUCGACCUGCCCGUGGCGUUUCCAAUUCCGACUUAACAAACUUACCUGUCUCUGACCGUCUGCUGCCUGGACAGCAGGAGCCUGGUAGACAUCCUAGUAUUUUCAAAACGGAAAAGACCGGCUUGUAGGGGACAAUGCUAAGGGACAGGAUGAAAUCUUGGAAUGACAGCCAGUCAGAUCUCUGUAGCAGUGAUCAAGAAGAGGAAGAAGAGAUGGUUUUUGGUGAAAAUGAAGAUGAUUUGGAAGAGAUGAUGGAUUUAAGUGAUCUGCCUACCUCCCUUUUUGCUUGCAGUGUCCACGAAGCAGUAUUUGAAGUCCAGGAACAGAAGGAGAGAUUCGAAGCACUUUUCUCCCUCUAUGAUGACCAAGUUACCUUCCAGUUAUUUAAAAGCUUCAGAAGAGUCAGGAUAAACUUCAGCAAGCCCGAAGCAGCAGCGCGGGCGCGAAUCGAGCUCCACGAAACGGACUUCAACGGGAAGAAGCUGAAGCUGUACUUCGCCCAGGUGCAGAUGUCCGGUGAGGCACGGGACAAGUCCUACCUGCUGCCGCCACAGCCCGCCAAACAGUUCCUCAUCUCCCCUCCCGCGUCUCCUCCUGUGGGCUGGAAGCAGAGCGAGGAUGCGAUGCCUGUGAUCAACUACGAUUUACUCUGUGCCGUCUCCAAGUUGGGACCAGGGGAGAAGUACGAACUGCACGCGGGAACCGAGUCUACCCCGAGCGUGGUGGUGCACGUCUGUGAAAGCGAAACCGAAGAGGAGGAAGAAACCAAAAACCCCAAACAGAAAAUCACGCAGACCCGGCGCCCAGACCCUCCGCGCGCAGCGCUGAGCGAGCGGCCCACAGCCGACUGCGCGCCCUGAGCCCGCGUGGAGCGCACGGCGUCCUCCUGCGGGCAGCCUGCGCGGCGGCAAGGCAGGCGCUGGUCGUUUCCUGUGUGCAUUUUGAGUGGCGUCCUAAAUGGCACUUUAAAGGAGUAGGCCCCGAAGCCUGGCAACUCAGUGACCAAUUUUAAAAGAAGCAAAUUAGGAAAAUGGCCCCCAACCCUCGCUACCAAUUUUAGUUCCCCUGAUUGCAUAUGGCGUGGGGUUCUGGGACCAGAUAUAUACUCAUCCAGUACAGUGGCGUUUUUACAAAUUUACAAAUAGUCUUCAACUUUAAUAACCUGGUGUAGGUAUUUUUGUACUGGUAUAAUAGCUUCUAACUAAUACAUGGAUGAAAGGUUGUUACUCAGUGUAUGCAACUUUGUUUUUGUUUGUUUCACAAAAAGAAACCUGAAAGCCGGGUGGGGUGGCUCACACCUGUGAUCCCAGCACUCGGGAGACUGAGGCAGGAGGAUCGUUGGGAAUUCAAGACCAGCCUGGGCUGCAAAAUGAGCUCAAGUGAGCCAGCCUGAACUAUGUAAUGAGGCUGUCUCAAAAAGACAAGACAGAAAAAAGAAACCAGAAAUACAGAAUAACUCAAAAAUUCAUUUUCCCAAGUGUUGUUUUCAUUAGCUUUGUGCAAAAACUGCCAAGUCCGCUCUGGUUGCUGAAACUGAAUGAGGCAGGUCAAGGUGUGUGCUGCUGUCGCGCUCCUCCUCCUGGGGCCUCGGUUUCCACCCCUGUCACCCAGAAACUGCUGCAGGAAGAAAUGCUCUGCUGCUGCUGAGGUGCCACCGCCAGCCUGACUGAUAGCGGCUCAGACAGUGGCCAUGUCCACCAUCGGUGACGGUUUCCAGCCUGCGGAAGCCCAGGCUGUCUUCACUCACCAGUUGUCCCGUCACCUCCAACAGUGCAUUAACCACUAGUUCCUUUUGUUCUGUUUUGUCUUGUUUCGCUGUUCUGUUUUUGGAGACAGUGUCUCACUAUGUCAUUCAGGCUGGUCUUGAACUCACUAUGUAGCUCAGGCUGGCCUCAGACUCAUGGGGAUCCUCCUGCCUCAGCCUCAGGGGUGCUGGGAUUCCAGGCGUGCAUCAACAUGCCUAGCCCUUAACCAUUAGGUCUUGGGUUUUCUGUGCUACAUGUAAUGUGCAUUUGUGUCUCUUGUAGUCUUUAUAUUAGAAAACACAAGAUUUUCUGAAAACCAUUUAAAAAUGUUUUCCAUCUAAACAUUUUCAGCCGGCUUAAGAAGCAAAGUCAUGCAUAUUAUUUUUGUGUGUGAAUUAGGGGAUGAGAGAUGAGAUCAUGCAUUUCUGCGUGGAUGGCUUUUUUAACCUUGGCUUGCAGUUAGCAUUUUUCUCUCGAAGCUGGAAUUACUUCCUGCUUGUGAUUCAGAAUGUGUAUCUGAACCUUGCAAGGUAGCAGCAGAGACUUUUUAGCACUUUGGGGUCUAGUAAGACUGUGUAAUCCCUCAAAUAAAAAUCUCAUGACCAAAGCUGUCUCGCUUUGGGCCACGGUGGUCACCUGGCUCUGUUGUUUGUGUAGCAGCUCCCGGGUGUCUCUGGGAUGGGCUUGCAUUUCAUUUAGAACUAAUAAACCAAAGUGGCUGUCACUGCAAAGAAAGGAAAGUGGGGGAAGUUCAAGCUGUUGUAUCUGUACAUUUUGGUAACAUGUUAUUAUGGUUUAGUUUUCAUUAUAUGGCAGAAUUUAUUCCUUAGCAUUUAAACUACAUUGUGUGCACACACAAACACAAGUUUCUCUUAUUGUAAGAUGAUAAACUCUUUGUACAUACUCACCACUGCUAAGCCUCAGUGUAAAUUCGUUUGAAAUUUGCAAUUCAUAAGCAACUAAUUUAUUGAAUUUGGAUCAUCGCCUGUCAGUUUAGCUGACCACUCAAUAAAUAAAUUUAUUUUGUAAUUA